CUGCACCAAGGCGAAGCGGGAGUGCCUGGGCUACGAGGUCCUCUUCCGCGAACACAACGGCGUCAACCCUCUCGCCAGGGCCGCCUCUGCCACAUCCAGCAACCCGCCCUCGCCCAACCACCUGGCAUCGUCGCAAUCGCCCAGCGUCGCAUCGUUGACCUCGCCAUUGCCGGCACCAGCAGCGUUGGCCGACUACCCCACGGGCACCCACCAGGCUGUACUGGAAUCUGUGUACAGCUCCCUGCAACAGCCUCCCCACGGGUAUUAAGCGCACGAAAAGGAGCUGCAGACAGUUGGGUGUAUUCUCGCCGCCCCAAGACAUGAGGGUGGACCAACUCCUGUCCCAGGUGUGCGUGAUGCCCGACUCACCCGCCAAUGUAUACGAUGAUGCAUGGUACCAGGAUAUCGUCGCGGUGUACCACGAGAUAUACGCCAGCGCGUUGCAUGCUUUUUUCGAGUCAAAGUGGUACUACUUUAUGGAAAACGGGAAAAUGGCGUUUCCUCGCCAGCCCUCGCUACUACAGGUCAUGGCCUCCUUCCUGACAGCAGCAGCGCAGCCCGACGCCGGCAGCCAGGAGAAGAUGGCAUACAUGUCCUGUCUGGAGAUGAAAGUCGUCUGGGAGCUGGCAAAGACAGCUGCCACGGCGGCGCCCCCUAAUGCCGACAAUCGUCGAGCGACCAUCCUGCCGAGCGAAGCGAAUCCUGUCGAGGCGCAGCACCGGUUUCACGUCGUUGAUGCUUUGCUGAGCGGUACUGUUCUUCCGUGGAAUCCCCUGGCGCCCCCCUUGCAAGACGCGCAGCACCACCGCGUGCGCGAGUUUGAAUUUUGGUAUCAGCUCGCCGAGUUCCUUCGGUCGGGCGUGCCUGGAGCGGACGAGCAAAAGGAAGCAGACCGGAGGGCAGAGGCUUUGCAGAAGAUGCGGAAUCACCUCGACGGGCGUGAGAACCGAGACGUGCUGUACUCCACCGCCAUCUUGCGUGAGCAUGGCCUCCAGUACCCUGCCAAUGCGGAAGGCUCGCACCUAAACGCCUACCAUGCUGCGGAAGACAAUCCGAGAGACAAGGUCAUGGUCGCUGCACGGUUCAUUACGGGGCAUACGCAUGUCAAUGGUGGGACGACCAAUGUCGCGCGGCGAUUGUGUGACAUUGCGCAGAGGCUGUAUAUCAAUCCCAAGGCCAAUCCGCCACAAGUUGCUCAGUAAACGCAGCAUCGGCAAGGCGGUCGGGCGUUUGCAGUUUUGUAUCGUGGCCGAGGCGCUCAUCUGAGAAGCAUUGGGGCGUCGGUGAUGCUUCGCUCAGCCGUCGCUUGCCGCGAUCCUGCAAAUCACUCGGCACUCCGACCUCGGAGCAGGGAGGGUUGGCCUGGACCAGAUGAGACUCUAGGAUACGGUCA